AUGCAAGAAACUGAUGAAAAUGAAGAAGAGAAUGUUAUGGGUGAUGAGGAAGGGGAGGGUAGUGAAGGUGAAGAGAAGGAUGGUCAAGCCGAUGAAGAUUCUGACUCAAAAGAAAAAAAUGAUAAUGGCAGUGAUGAUGAUGCCACUGAUAGUGAGGAGAAGAAUUUCGUUGAUUUCAAUGACGGCCCUACUCAAAUAGAUGUUGAGGCUACUGUUCAGUCCGGGGUAAAAGCAGUUGAGCUUAUGAUGUCUUCAGAUGGAAUUGGUGGUGAUCCUUGUAAACGUAUUUCGCUUCGAAAAUGUUGA